GCAAUGCGAUCAGUAGCCAAUGGCAAGAUGUACAUUGUUGUCAAACUCUGUGUAAUGAGUAGGCAGAGAGCAGCGAGUGGGAGACACAGGAGUUGCGCUGAGAGUGAGUGGAACUUAGUGCCGGACUGCCCUGUGCCUCUCACUGUCGCUGCGGCCGGACCUGCUGCCUGGCAUCGGAUCUCUCACCUCUCCGGGGAAGUCGCUGGUCUGACAGCCCAACCGGCAGCCUCUACACCUGGGUGCAGUUUAUCAGUUUAUGUGGGAGAGGUGUGUGCCUGUGGGGGAGACCAGGCUGUGGGUCGGGGGUGAGUGGCCUGAGGGGAGUCGGGGCUAGAGAGUAAGCUGUGUGGGUGAAAGGUACUGAGGGCAAGUUCUGCGCUAAUCUAUUCUGUCGGAUUGGGAUACAAAUCUAUUGGCCCUAAUGAGAUAAUCUGUUGGUACCUGACUGAAUGGAAAGGGCACAGGUUUAGGCGGGCACAAGGGCAGUCUAUGGGAUUGUGUAGAAAAAAACCCAAACAGCUCACCUUACAUUUCUUUAGAACUUAAUUUACUGCUGUUUCUUGGGGAUUUAAGUUUAGUGCCAGUCUGUGUAUAGUGCAGACCAGUAAGGCUGGAGCUUUUGCCUUUUGCCAUCCCCUGUGUCACUGGGUGAGUGGGUGAGUGGGUAAGGCUGGGGCACCGGGUUAUAUAGAGGGGCCAGUACACCUGGGUGAGUGGGUAAGGCUGGGGCACCGGGUUAUAUAGAGGGGCCAGUACACCUGGGUGAGUGGGUAAGGCUGGGGCACCGGGUUAUAUAGAGGGGCCAGUACACCUGUCAUUCAUUAUAAAGAUUAUAGGGGGAUAGAGUGUAGUAAAUCAAUUCUAGAAUGGAACUGAAUGGACCCCCAGUUUCCCAGCUUCCUCAGACCGCAACUUCUACCGCAUCACUUCCAGUCACAGUGGCCGGUACUCUCCUACGAGGCCCCCAGCUGCUGCUCCGAGCCGCAGAGAAGUAUCCCCGUACCCCCAAGUGCGCCCGCUGCAGGAAUCACGGGGUAGUGUCUGCGCUCAAGGGCCACAAGCGCUACUGCCGCUGGAAAGACUGUAUGUGCGCAAAGUGUACGCUGAUCGCGGAGCGCCAGAGGGUUAUGGCCGCGCAAGUUGCGCUACGCAGGCAGCAAGCCCAGGAGGAGAAUGAGGCCCGAGAGCUGCAGCUUCUCUAUGGAACUGCUGAAGGAUUGGCACUGGCGGCAGCCAAUGGCAUCAUCCCACCCCGGCCAGCCUACGAGGUCUUCGGAUCGGUGUGUACAGAGGGAGGAACAGAUUCAAAGAUUCAGAAGUUCGACUUGUUCCCUAAAAGCCUCAUCCCCAGAUCUGUGACUCCUCAACUGUCUUCUGGGGGAAAACCAGUGUCCCCAGACAGUGAAUCGGUGUCAGGCAGUGCACCAGGUGCCUCAUCCCCUGAAGCACGGCCUGGUUCUGGCUCGGAAAAUGGGGAUGGGGAGUCCUUGCUCAGUUCCCCCAUCUCUAAGGCACUCAAAGAAGGAGAGGAGAGCCCAAGCUCAAUUAGCCCCCUGGGCUCAGAAUCUGGAUCUGAUGCUGAAAAAGAUGAGCAGGAUCCCAGUUCUUCCUCCUCAGCCAGGCAGAGGACCCCCAUAGACAUCCUGACCAGGGUCUUCCCUGCUCAGAAGAGGAGCGUUCUGGAACUGGUGCUGCAGGGCUGUGGGGGAGAUGUGGUUCAAGCAAUUGAACAGAUACUAAACAACAGGGGACAGGAUAAGAGUGAAGAGACCUGGUCAAGAGAUGGAGCCCUCCCAAGUAUUCAGCCAUCAGUGUCCUCCACACACAGACCCCUUAUUGCUGGAGCCCUUACUCCUGCUAUUGGCACAUUAGGGAGCAGGUCUGCAUUCUCCCCUUUACAACCCAAUGGCGCACACUUUGGCACUGAGGCUAAUGCAUACCAGCUUGGUGGGCACCUUGGGUUAAACCCACUGAGGUUAGCCUAUUCUGCGCACAGUAGAGGACUUGCUUUCAUGGCCCCUUACUCAACAGCUGGUUUCAUGCCUACCCUUGGCUUUCGCCCACCCAUGGACUACGCCUUCAGUGACCUUAUGAGGGACAGGGCCAAUGUUCACAAGGACCAGGUAUACACUAAUGGACUCUAUGGGCCAGUGGUCAAUAAUAAUGCUGAAAAACAAUGAAUUCUUUAUAUAAGGACCUGAAAAACCUGUGGCUUGCAGGCUCAGAUUCUGAUUUUAGGGUAUUUCCAUGGGUUUGGAUAACAAAUGUCAUAAAGUCUUAAGAACAUCUCAAGUAAUCAAGAAGUCUGAAGCCCAGUCUGGAGAAUGAACUAGUUAGGUAGAGCACUGUAAAGACAUUCCUAUUCUCUGCAAGGCAACGUGAUGCUUUCUGGAUUUUUGGAGGACAUGGAAAUUCCUAAAUCAUUAUAAAAUACAAACUGCACUUUUUCUGUUAAUAAAAGGGGUGACGUUAUUUCUGCUUAAGGAUAUAAGCACGGACACAAGUCCCAAUCCAUUGUGAUAUUAUAAAUAUAUACAUAUAUAAAUAUAUAGACUUCUAAUGUUAUGAGCUGGGAUUCUAAGUUAUUCUUGUACAUUGGCAUUGAACCCUUUCUCAUGAUAACAAGGAGCCCUGUUAUGGCACGCUACAAGUGCAACAGGGUGCAGCAGCAUAGACUGCUCUGUGUGUACAGAUGUGGGUAGGAAUGGGGGGGGGGCAGCAUUCAGAUCCCCCUUUAUUUGGUGAAUUUCAAACCAUUGCUGUUGGUUUAAUUGUUUAGAAAAUUGUUAACACCUUUAUGUGACCGUUCCCUAAGCAUUAGAAAUAAAUGUUAUUUUCUAAAA